AUGGUUAGAGAUCAUACAACGGCUUUGGAAUAUCUAUCCACUUUUGAAGGCAAAGACGGUCUUUCAGUCCAUCAAUUGAUGGAUUCCAACGUGAGAGGUGGGUUAACUUAUAAUGAUUUUCUUGUGCUACCAGGAAAGGUCAAUUUCCCAUCUUCUCAAGUGGAAUUGAAGACUAAAUUGACCAAGAAAAUUUCCUUACAUGCACCAUUUGUAUCUUCUCCUAUGGAUACGGUUACUGAGUCUGAAAUGGCCAUUCACAUUGCGUUGUUGGGUGGUAUUGGUAUUAUUCACCACAACUGUUCAGCUGAAGCACAAGCUGAAAUGGUUAGAAAGGUGAAGAAAUACGAAAACGGAUUUAUCAAUCAUCCAAUUGUUAUCUCUCCAGAUGUUACCGUUGGUGAAGCAAAGGCUAUGAAACAACAAUUUGGAUUUGCUGGAUUCCCAGUUACAGUUUUGACAGAAAACGGUAAGCUUUACUCCAAGUUGAUCGGUAUUGUUACUUCUCGUGAUAUUCAAUUCGUUGAGGACAAUUCUUUGACAAUCUCUGAUAUCAUGACUAAGGAUGUCGUUACCGGUUCUCAAGGUAUCACCUUGUCUCAAGGUAAUGAAAUCUUGAAGUCAACCAAGAAGGGUAAGUUGCCAAUUGUCGAUUCUAAGGGCAAUUUGGUUUCCAUGUUGUCAAGAACUGAUUUGAUGAAAAAUCAAAAUUUCCCACUAGCAUCCAAGUCUGCAUCCACCAAGCAAUUGCUUUGUGGUGCUGCCAUUGGUACUCUUCCUGCUGACAGAGAAAGAUUGAGACAAUUGGCUGAAGCUGGAUUGGACGUUGUUGUCUUGGAUUCUUCUCAAGGUAACUCAAUCUUCCAAAUCGAUAUGAUUAAGUGGAUUAAGAGUGCUUUCCCACAAAUCGAAAUCAUUGGUGGUAACGUCUGUACUAGAGAACAAGCUGCUAGUCUAAUUGCAGCUGGUGUUGACGGUUUGAGAAUUGGUAUGGGUUCUGGUUCUAUCUGUAUUACCCAAGAAGUCAUGGCUUGUGGUAGACCUCAAGGUUCAGCCGUUUACAACGUCUGUAAAUUCUCUAAUGAAUUUGGUGUUCCAUGUAUUGCCGAUGGUGGUGUUCAAAACAUUGGUCACAUCACUAAGGCAGUGGCAUUGGGUGCUUCUACCGCUAUGAUGGGUGGUAUGUUAGCUGGUACCGCUGAAUCUCCAGGUGAAUACUUCUACAGAGAUGGUCAGAGAUUAAAGGCUUACCGUGGUAUGGGUUCUAUUGAUGCUAUGCAAAAGACCGAUGCCAAGGGUAAUGCUGCAACUUCUCGUUACUUCUCUGAAUCUGAUGACGUUUUUGUCGCCCAAGGUGUUUCUGGUUCUGUUAUCGACAAGGGUUCCAUUCACAAGUUUUUGCCAUAUUUGUACAAUGGUUUGCAACACUCUUUGCAAGACAUUGGUUGUAAGUCUUUGGUCGACUUGAGAGAAAACGUCGAUUCCGGUAACGUCAGAUUUGAAUUCAGAACUGCUUCUGCUCAAUUGGAAGGUGGUAUUAACAACUUGUACUCCUACGAAAAGCGUCUCCACAAUUGA